GCCUUUCCGUCGACUCGGCCAUUGCGGUCUCAAGCCUGGAGACAUGAAGGAGAAGAAGGCCCGCAUGCUCAGCUGGAACACAACUCUGGAGCACCUUUCGGAAUGUGUGCCGGUCCUGGUCGACAAGCAGGAAACCUAUGCAGCGGCUGUGAAGUACUUCCCGCAGUUCAAGCAGGUUUUCUGGCAGAUGAAGAAGCUGAAGCUGAACGAGAAUCAGUAUGAGGAG